AUGCCCAUCUCAGUCAGGCAAAUAGACGAAAGUGAUUUUAGAUUGGCAAUAAGACGCCUAAAACCACGAUCUGGUGGUGGACCUGAUCGCAUUCCCGCUUUUCUGGUCAAGGAUUGUGCGCCAGCUCUUCGUUCACCGCUCUUGUUUAUUUUUAAUCUGUCCCUUAGACAGGCUAAAUAUCCAGAACAAUGGAAACUAUCUAGGGUGACACCUGUUCCAAAGGGAGAACCUGGAAAAUAUGUUUCUGCUUUUAGACCUAUUGCGGUGCUUUCGGUUCUGGCGAAGAUAUUUGAAACCAUGUUGGACUUUCGCAUUAGGAAUCAGGUAGAUAACAUUUUGCAUGAGAGUCAACAUGGCUUUCGAAAGAAUCGUUCAACGACUUCUAACUUGAUAGCGCACGUGGACUAUGUCUGUGCUGAGAUGGAUUCUAGGAAACAGGUAGACGCCGCCUAUUUCGAUUUUAGGAAGGCUUGA